AUGGUACACAAUUCAGGCUGGCAAGCAAUGCAUAUCUGCAGCAUUUUCUGCAUGCAACAUGACUACCACAAUGUUACCCUCCUUCCACUAUCAAUAACCUUCAUAAUUAUUGUGCAUUUCAAGAGCAAUGAUCUGCCGGCCAUGCCAUGGUCUGACUGGGAAACAGACCUAGGGAUCAGGACUUGGAAUUUCAAUGAAUUCUCCAAGCCUGAGAUUAUCAAACCACAUCGGCUGUGUAGGCAUUUUGCCCUCACAGAGAUUCCCUUCCCUAGCAAGCACAAAGUGUGGGCCAUCAUCUUGCUAGAUCAUUUGACGCAAGAACCUGAGGACUUUGAUUUUGACAAAGAAACAAUAUAA